AUGCAAGCAGACAAAGUGAACGAAAGCGAUACUGAGAAGAGUAUGGACUCGUUUACACCGCACAUGCCGCCAGAGGUGCUGCAAAUGGUACUUCAUGAGCUGGAUUUCUUCGGUCGAGUCGAGAAGUGCCAUGUUGUCAGCAAGUCUGCAAGACCUGGCUGUUCCCAAGGUGAUAGCGACGACAAGGAGAAUAGUGGAGACCAUGAAUUCCCCCGUAGUUUGCUUCUGGUUUUCAAUCUAGAGGCCAGAGAGGGUGUAGUAGGACCGAGAAAUUACAUGAUCACAUCCACGCGCGUGAUAUGCCAGGAAAUUCCCCUCCUUCAGCCCUGGAUGAAUAGCGCUCCGGAAGCUAUCACAGUCCAUCCUAUGAUCAAGGAGCUGUCCGAAUACCUUCACAUCAUUUUCGGCUCCUUGAUUGAAGUCGGUAUCGAUAAACAGCAGCGGCAUCACAAAUAUUACAUACGCAACAACCUGAUGGCUGCGAUUGAAGCGUUCAAGAAGACAGCCGAAGAAAAAAACGUGUCAUGA